GCCCACAAUGCCCUCUUUUGCCUUUUUGCUCCUGUUCUGUUCUUUCUAUGCAUUUGUCUAUAUCUUCUGCAUCAGUUAAUCUGCUAACUUCUGCUGCUGUCACUGUUCUUCCUGCUCUCUCUUCUUACCACUCCAAAUGGGUUUGCAGGAAUCAUAAUUUGAACUUUUGGGUACCAUUUGAUUCCCUUUAUUUUUCUUUUUUCAAAGUCUUUUCCAAAAUCCCCAUUAAUUUUCUCUCCCUUAGAAUUUGUUACCUCUCAAAAAUGAAGCCUUUUCCUUGAUUUGAUCUCAUUACCACAAUUUUAAUGUUAUUGUAAAGUGGUUUACUUUAUCUCCCCCUUAUAUUUUCUGGGUAUCUCUCAAAAAAUGAAGAUUUUCCUUGAUUUGAUUUCAUUAAUACAAUUUGUAAAUUGUAAUGUUAUAUUAAAUUUGUCACUUUCUUAGUAUCUUUUAAUAAUUAGAAAAAAGAAAAAAAAGAAAAACCUCACUUAUUGUUUCUUCUUGGAAUUUAUACUAGAUAUUAUUUGGUGGGGUUUUAGUUUUUUUUGUGUGUGUUUUGCUUUUUUGUGUAUUUUGAAUGUUAUAUUAAUUUAGUAUUAAGUUUGAUAUAUUGGGAAUUUUUUGUGGGUUGUUGUUUCAUGGAAAUUGAUUUGAAUCAUGAAGUGAGUGAGGGGGAAAAGAUUGCAUUUUGCAAUGGGGAAUGUGAAAAAGGUGGUCAUGGUCAUGGUUCUUCAUCAUCUUCUUCAUGUUCUUCAAAUUCAUCACCAAAUUGUGUUACUUCUUACAUGGAGCUAUGGCAUGCUUGUGCUGGCCCACUUACUUCCUUACCCAAGGAAGGGGAUGUGGUUGCUUAUUUCCCUCAAGGUCACUUGGAACAAGCUUUUGCAUCUUCCUCUUUUUACACUUCCAUGGACUUUCCUACCUAUGAUCUCCCUCCCCAAAUCUAUUGCAAAGUUGCAAAUAUCCAACUUCUUGCUAAUAAGGAAAAUGAUGAGGUGUACACACAGCUGACUCUAUUGCCUUUGCCAGAGUUGGUUGGGACUAAUUUUGGAAGCAAAGAAGUAGAGGGACUAGAUGGGGAAGAAGAUGGUACGGAAAUUCUCCCGAAAUCAACACCUCACAUGUUCUGUAAGACACUUACGGCUUCUGAUACUAGCACUCAUGGUGGAUUUUCUGUGCCUCGCCAUGCUGCAGAAGACUGCUUUCCACCUUUGGACUAUAAGAUACAACGCCCCUCUCAAGAGUUGGUUGCUACUGACUUACAUGGAGUGAAGUGGAAGUUUCGACACAUUUACCGUGGUCAGCCUAGACGACAUCUGCUGACGACAGGUUGGAGCAAUUUUGUGAGCCAAAAGAAACUUGUUUCUGGUGAUGCUGUGCUCUUCUUGAGGGGUGAAGAUGGAGAGUUGAGACUUGGCUUAAGAAGAGCUCUACGGCCCAAAAUUGGUCUUCCUGAUUCUGUGAUCGGCAAGCAAAGUAUGUAUCCCAAUGUUCUUUCUGCAGUGGCUAAUGCAAUAUCGACUAAGGUCACGUUCCCCGUCUUCUGCAGCCCAAGGGCUAGCCAUCCAGAGUUUGUUGUACCAUACCAAAGUUAUAUUAAAAGUAUUACCAAUCUGAUAUAUACUGGAACAAGAUUCAAGAUGAGAUUCGAAGUAGAUGACUCUCCUGAAAGAAGGUGCAGCGGCGUUGUUAUCGGUGUCAAUGACAUAGAUCCCUAUAAAUGGCCUAACUCAAAAUGGAGAUGCUUAAUGGUGAGAUGGGACAAAGAUAUUGUCAGUGAUCAACAAGAACGGGUUUCUCCCUGGGAGAUUGAUCCUUCCGUGUCUCUCCCUUCACUGAGCAUCCAAUCUUCUCCCCGGAUAAAAAAACUCCGAACUGGUUCGCCAACCAGUCCGUCCAAUGCUGUCAAUUCCGGUGGGCUGGGAAUUUUGGACUUCGAGGAAUCUGUCAGAUCCUCCAAGGUCUUGCAAGGUCAAGAAAAUGUUCGUUUUGUUUCACCUGCCUAUGGAUGUGGCACGGUAAGCUGUUUGCUGGACAAGCAACCAGGAGUAGCUAACCAGCAUAGUCUCGUAUCGACUAAUAUACCUAAAAUAAAGGCGAGCGAGUUUAGAUCACUGGCUCAACCAAUGACUUACACGGGAAUUUUGGAAUCAAACAGAUUCCCGAGGGUCUUGCAAGGUCAAGAAAUCUGUCCGUUGAGAACUUUGACGAGUAAAAUGAACUUCCAUCCGGGAGCUUUGGUUAAGCCCGGUAUUGCAACCACUUGUUAUAACUUAUAUCAUGGAUCGAAAACCAGUUUCUAUCCUCUAGCUUCCGAAGGUGCAAGAAACAUGCAUUUUCCGUUUAAUGUUUACGAUCCCGAUCAAGAUUCUGUGAUGGUUUCUUACAAAAGUACAAUUGCGAAAGAGAAUUCGGCGUUCUGUUCAUCUCGUUACCAGAGUAAUGUUCUUGGGGCGGAAGCUCUAAAGCUUAAUGUCCCAAAUGAACACAAACCUUCCGAGAAUGCAUAUGUGCUUAAUUCAUUAAAUACGGCUCUUAUAGUUCCGAAAGAUGUUCCUAAUAAAGGUCCUAGACCUAGUUGUAAAAAACUAUUUGGGUUCCCAUUGGAGCGGGAAACUUCAGGCACGAACUCUGACAUUUCAAGUCGGAGUUGCACAAAGGUUCACAAGCAAGGCAGCUUGGUUGGAAGAGCGAUCGAUCUCUCCAAAUUGAAGAGUUACGCGGAUUUUAUAUAUGAACUUGAAAAGCUGUUUGGCAUGGAAGGACUUCUACAUGAUCCUGCAAAGGGAUGGAGAAUACUCUAUACUGACAAGGAAAAUGAUGUUAUGGUUGUGGGAGAUGAUCCUUGGAAUGAGUUUUGUGAUAUGGUGUCAAAAAUCCACAUUCACACUCGAGAAGAGGCGGAGAAGAUGACGAUGGGUAUAGCGACCGAAGAUAACCAAAGCUGUCUCGAGGAAGCACUAGGCACGCUUGAUGUAUCCAAGUCUUCAUCUGUCGGUCAACCAGAUUCUUCUCCUACUCAGGCAAGAGCGUGAAUUCUUGUCGUUCUACUUAAUCUCCGAAGAUUCAUGAGUUAGCUCGGUUUUAGUUGAUCUGAAACUCGGUUUCUCAUCCAAUGGUCCGUGUUGAUAGUCUGUCAAAACUAUAUCUAUUUGCUGUCAAACUUGGUUUUUAACUAUAUAUGUACCUGUGAAACCUAAGACUUGCUUGUUUAUGGUGUAUUGUAGUAUUGUUGGUAGGGAUGGAUAUGGGUCGGAUCUAAGCCGGGUCCAGUUAGACCCAGAUCCAGACCCAAUUUGUUGGUUCAAUGUACGUGGUAGGAGGAAAAAUAAAACAGAAUUUGUUCCUCUUCAGAUUAAAAUGUGUACCAUGGGUAAUGGGUAUGUUUAGUGUUGAUGUGUUGGAAUUUCCUAUAA